ACCGAAAACGUGACGCUGGACAUGUGCGACCUCAAGGAUGUCGGCGGAGAGAAGCAGAAGUAAUUAAACAGCUCGCGAGAAGCGCAGGGAACGCAGGUUCAGUCUGCAUCUGCUCUUUCAAGUUGUCAGACAAUGGUAUUGGAUUUGUGCUUUUUCUGUGUGCAUUCGCGUAUUCCAUUGACUGUUGUAUUCCAUAAACAUUUUUAUUUUUGUAAUGUGGGAGUGUUUUGCUAGCAUCUAGCUAGCCGAAUGUACAAAAAUGUGGUGUUUAGUAAGUCAACCAAAUUCUGUGAUAUUGGAAGUUGAAGUUGAUCCCAAAGCCAAGGGACAAGAAUGUCUCGAAAAGGUGUGCCAGUGCUUGGGGAUCAGCAACGAGUCCGACUACUUCGGCCUCAAGUACCACUGCGCCAAGGGAGAGGAGCUGUGGCUCAACCUGCGCAACCCCAUCGAGCGGCAGGUGGCGGGCAUGCCGCCGUACCGGUUCGCGCUGCGCGUCAAGUUCUGGGUGCCUCCUCACCUGCUAUUACAGGACUCCACAUGGCACCAGUUCUACCUGAACGCGCGCCUCGACCUGGCGGAGGGCCGCCUUCGAGUCACGGACGCCGAGGCAGCCGCCAAGUUGGUGGCGCUGCUGGUGCAGGCGGAGUUCGGGGACCACGAGCAGCUGGCGUGCGCCAACAGCGCUUACGUGCAGGCCUCGCAGCUGCUGGCGGCCUCGACGGCGACUGCAGCGGCGGCGGCGGCAGGAGCCCCGCCUCCGCCCUCGCCCUCGCCCACGCCUUCACCCGCGCCUGCGCCCGCGCCCUCGCGCUCGCCGUCGCCCUCGCCCUCGCCGCCGACCCAGGCCGCGCCCGAGGAGACGCCGACGCCGACGCCGCGCGCCCCGGACUUCCUGCGCGGCGUCGCUGCGCGCCACCGGGAACUCCAGGGCAUGAAGCCUUCUGCUGCUGAAUACUGGCUUUUAAAGGAAGUCUCGUACCUAGAUAAUUUUGGAGAAGAGAUGUUUUACAGUAAAACAUGCAGUGGAGGAAUGGCAGUUGGCCUAGGUGUUGGUCCUCAUGGCAUUACUAUAUACCAAAGCGAUUCCAGUGAGAAACAAAGUAUACCAUACACUGCUAUUCAGAGUGCAGCAUCACAGAGAAGAUCUUUCCACUUAACAUAUCUAAGCUUGGAUGGUGAUGAAACACUUUUGGACGUUAAGUUGGAGUCCUCUCAAGUGGCAAGUGGUUUAUACCGAGCCAUUACGGAAAAGCAUGCUUUUUACAGUUGUGAAACUGUUCGUAGUGCUGUAACAGCACAGUUCAUUAGGGAUCUCAAGGGGACAAUUGUGUCGAUUUUCAAUGAAGAUACAUCUCUUGGAAAGAAAUAUGUGUUUGAUAUUCAACGUACCUGUCGAGAAGUUUAUGAUAAUGCCCGCCGAGCAUUAUAUCAGUCCGGGAGCAGCCUGUUUCCUCCUCCAGAAGAGAGCAUGGAUGAUGAGUGCACUAAGUCCCCAGAGAAGUGUAAGGAUUGUUCUGGGCAGCAAUGCAAAUCUUCACAGAAGCAAUUGGUGCGCCUCCUUGAAGCAAUGGCAUGCCGUAUAUGCAUGGACAGAGCCAUUGACACUGCUUUCUUUCCUUGUGCUCAUGUGAUGGCAUGUGGAGAAUGCGCAGCCAGGUGCGAGCGCUGCCCCCUCUGCAGAGCCCAAAUUGAGCAGUCACGGCGCAUCUACCUUCCCCUAGAACUGCAACAGCAGCAGUUGCCAGAAGUAGUGGAGGUGCAGGCUGGCAAGCCCAGCUAAGUGAGAGAACUGUACUCUCAAGCUCCUCAUGCUUGAGUUUAACAUCUCAGUUGCUACUGCUUUUAGAAAGACUGGGUGGUACCUGUUUCUACUAUUUUAAGUCAAAUAUUAUUUUAAGUGUAAAGCUUCCCAAUAGUUCUUCCUGAAAUUUUUAAAUUAUUUUUUUGUUCUUCAAUUUCUUUAACAGAUGGUGGGACAAGUUAAGGACAUGGAAUGGUACAUUUGGGAAGUUUUACUUCAUUCUUGUACAAAGAGACCUCACAGAGGGAAUACAUGUUCAGUUAUUAAAAACAGUAUUGUGUUAACUAAUCUGUGUUAAAUGCGUAUUUCAUUAGUGAUGAAAUGAGAGGCAAUUUUGAGGAAUUGCUUUGUGUUUUUCAUUAUGUGUUAAAGGUUAAAAAAAUGUACAGCUCCAAUGUCUUGCUACCUGCACUUUGCACACAUGCUUUUUUCAGUAAAUGCUAUUUAAAGUAAUUGUAAUAUUUAACAGAAUGGGGAAAAAAAAUUCUCAAGCGAGCAGUACAUAGUUUGUGGUUAUCAAGGAACAGUAUUUGUUUUAUGAUUUAAAGAUUGUGUGAAACAGUUUUUAUAAAUUUUGAUGUGUUAAUGACCUUAAUUGUGAUUCAUGUGUGCUUUGUAAGAACUUAUCUCCUACAAAUUUUAUGAAAAUUGACUACUAAUUGUUCAUGGCAUCAUUGUGUACACAGCAUUUGUAGAGCAAAAAUGUUACCACUUUUUGCCGUUUUUAAAUAUUGGUUGCCAUGAAAAUAUUCCACAAAAUGAAAAUAGUAAUGCAUUGCAAAUGAAAGAAAUCUGCACUGUCCAUUUUUUUCUCUUAUCAGUAUUUUGUACUGUGCGGUUUGAAUUCUUUCUUUACAAGUUUCCUUCUUAGUGGGGUUUACAAGUAUUGAGGAUAGUUACAUCCAAUAAUACACUUGCACCAUGGUUGCCUUGUCUUGCACUUAUUAAAAGGUACUUAAUAUGCAAGUACUAAAAGGAGUGAGAAUAAAAAUGAAAAGAAGUGUACAUUAACGUGGGAGUGGAAUCUCAAGUUUGGAGAAGCAUGUGUGGUUUUAAUCUGCUCCAAGUGAAGUACAGUUUUGGUUUGCAAGUGCAGAUAAAAGAAGAAAGUGACUUCUGUGUUCUUGUGAUUAGAUGAUUCCAUUCUGCCACUUUUUAUUUCUUGACAUGGAUAUUCCAGUAUUUCUGUUGCACAGGGUUACCUCUUCAAAAAAAUCCUUCUUUUUUUUUUUUUAGUUUUACCUCACAUUUUGGUUGUGAAACUGUGAUUGGUAGAGUAUUUCUGCUUCCACUUUGUAGUAUUUAUCAUUUUAAGGAUGUGAAAGUGUGAGUGUUGUAUGAUGAUGUGUGAUGAGUUUAAUUUAAUGUUUUAUUUUCAACUGUAAGUUAUGUGCUAUGCAUAUAAUUUUACAAGAUUCCUUAAAGAGGAAAUUUUUAUUGAAUUUUUUUUUGUGAGCCACAGUGUUCAUACCCAAGUUAAAAAGUGUAAUCUUCAAUAUAAAAUUUGCAAUUAAAGAUCAGUGCACUUCAGUUGUAGAGUACAUGUUCAUUUUUUUUGGACAGAAAUUUCACUAUUUUCACGAGUUCUUCUGGAACUGAUGCAUGAUAAUUAAUAGAUGCUUGUAAAUGUCAACUGUAUAUACAUAUAUAUAUUGCUGUAACGCCGCUGGCUAUUGCAGUUUAAUAAUUCUUCCUGAUAAAUCAGGGCAUGUACAGUGUAUCUAGAAAUUAAUUAAUAGAGCUGCAAUUAUUUGUAUAUUCAAAAUAAUAGACUGCAUUUGUUUUAGGCAAGCAGCAACAAAAUAUACUGUAAUAUUAUUGAAUUAAAAUGCCAAUCUAAUUCCAUA